UUCGGUGGAUAAAUAGGAAUGAGUUUUUGUUUUAUACGUAGAAGAACAUUACGUUUACCGACGUGAAACACUUUAUACCAGAUAUAUAAUUCAACGCUCGUGUGUUUGUUUAUACAGCGGGGACGACGUGGAGACGUGGCCGGAUAUACUCUAUUUUUGCAAGUUUGGCAGGAUAUAUUGGGUCCCAGAUUAUUUUGAGUUAACGCAUCAUCAAUCAAGAUGAGAUGGCGAACGAAAAACGUGCUUAAGCUUUUGCUGGCUGUGGCUGUUGUGUCUGUGAUAUACCAUUUUCUUGCUGUUCAAAAAGAAAUAGAUAAAAACAGAGCUAAAAGCGACCACAGCUUUGAUUACCAUGUUAACCUACCCAAGGAUGACAUGCAACAGCCUAUACAGAAAGUGAAUAAAGAUGAAAUGGGAGAAGUUCCUAAAGGUCGAAAUUCUUUACCAUUCGCAUGGGAGAAGAAGGACAUCAACAGUUAUGAUUUUCCAAAGUUUGUAAAUGAUGAUUUAGGAAACUAUGAACUAAAAGCACCAGAUCAAAAGAGAGCUGGUGCUGGUGAAUAUGGAGAGGCAGUACAGCUAGAUUCAAGUUUAGAUUCUCAAGUCAAAUCUGUGAUCGGUGAAUUUGGUUUCAAUACGGUGGCAAGUGACAGAAUAUCUUUGGACCGAGCCCCAAAAGAUUUAAGACAUGAAGAAUGUAAACAUAUCGACUACCCGUCCCAUCUUCCCUCAGUGAGCGUGAUCAUCGUGUUUCAUAAUGAAGCAUGGUCACCAUUGAUGCGAACGGUACAUAAUGUAAUAAACAACACACCGCGACAAUAUUUACACGAGAUUGUUAUGAUUGAUGAUGGAAGUCAUAAAGAUCACUUGGGUUCAAAGUUGGAUGAAUACGUCACCAAGUUUAAUGGAAUUGUGAAAGUUUAUCGCAACGAUAGAAGGGAGGGUUUAAUUCGAGCGCGGAGUAUUGGAGCUAAAAAAUCAAGUGGGGAAAUCCUUGUAUACCUUGACGCUCACUGUGAAGCUGAGCCAAACUGGCUUCCACCAUUAAUCACUCCGAUAUUAAACGAUCACAGAGCGUGUACGGUUCCACUUAUUGAUGUUAUUGAUGGGAACAAAUACACGUUCACUGAACAAGCUGGUGGGGACGAAAACGGACUCGCACGGGGGGCUUGGGAUUGGAGUUUUCAAUGGAAGAGAAUUCCUAUAACUAAGAAGGAAAAAGCGAGAAGGAAUAGAAUGUCUGAACCAUACAGAUCACCAGCUAUGGCGGGAGGUUUGUUCGCGAUCGAUCGGAAUUUCUUCUUCGAACUUGGCCUUUACGAUGAUGGACUCGAAAUUUGGGGGGGAGAGAAUUUUGAACUGUCUUACAAAGUAUGGAUGUGCGGAGGACAACUAUUGUUCGUACCUUGCAGUAGGGUUGGUCACGUGUAUCGACUACCUGGUUGGAGAGGGAAUCCACCUCCUGCUUAUGUUCCUAAGGAUGCAGUGUUUAGGAAUUACAAGAGAGUGAUUGAAACAUGGUGGGACGACUACAGCAAGUAUUUCUAUACUCGAAGACCUGAAGUGAAGAGUAUUGACACUGGUGACCUGAGUGUUCCCCUCUCAUAUAAAAAAAAGUUACAAUGCAGAUCAUUUGAUUGGUUCAUGAAAGAAAUUGCUUACGAUAUUCCUAAGCAUUAUCCGAUGGUGGAGCCACCUAGUGGCGCGUCUGGGCACAUUUCGAACAUCGGAACAAAACUUUGUUUGGACGGAAAGUUUGGAGGUUCUGGUUCACCGCUCACGCUAAGCAACUGUGAACAACAUGGGGGGGAGUUGAAUUGGUGGCUUACAUGGCUUGAAGAUAUAAGGCCUGGUGGUAAUACACCAGAUACUGCGAGGAAAGUUUGCUUGGAUUGUGUGAGCAGAGAUAGUGUUGUGUCGUUCUGGGAGUGCCAUCAUAUGAGAGGGAAUCAACUGUGGAAGUAUAUUUUUGACAACAAGCAGCUUUACCAUUCGGUAUCUCGUUCAUGCCUCGAAGCAUCACCUGGUGAAGGGAAGGUUUACGCUCGUGAAUGCAACCAUAACAACCUUAACCAACUCUGGGUUUGGGGCAACCUUAAUAUAACUAGACUUGCCGAGUUCAAUUCAGAUUUGCACCAAGCAGCAAUCGCAUUAGAAGUAUAACACGAUUUUGUGAUACGUGCUUUGUAGGUUGGGGUAAGAUGGUUCUGUUUCAUUUUCCUUUUAUCGUCCCUUUGGAAGUAAACCAAGAGUAUUUACAGAUUUGUAUAUUCGUAUCCUCAGAAAAAAACGUUGUGGAUUGUUAAACCACGAUUAGAAAAUAUAGUUUUGCGCUAACAGUAUCUCGUCUUACCCCACAGUAUUAAAUAUAAAUACACGUAAGGGUCGGGGCUUCAUGCGCAAUAGCAAGACAUGACCAUGCCGUGAUAAAUUUCACAUACUUUGCACUGAUGUUUUCAAUGUGAACGGUUUUGUAUCCCAUAUCUGUAUUUCAUUGUAGAUCUAUUUAUUUAUAAACUUAUGAAGUAGAGUUCAAUUAGUUUUAUAUUCCCUUGUACGAACGGCAGCAGUUUACAAGUCCUUCAUGUACCGUGUCUUGCAGUUAUAUUUGUCGAAAUAAACGAUGUCUAUUUCUAAUCGGAAA